AUGGGCUACAAGAGCAAUGAGCUCUACUCUACCACGUAUUUCAAUGGGGCACAAGGAAACCCUUUGAAAUGGGUCGAAUAUGGUAUGCGAUGUGAAUAUGUGAAGCAGGUCCGAGCACUGAUUGUCGCCACGCGAUUGUACACCGGACGAGCGGUCGACGUCAUCGCCUUCUCGUUAGGUGUUCCGGUAUCCAGGAAAGCCAUUCUUGGAGUGGCCGGGCCGAAUCAUGGCAUCACACUGCAGGUGGGUGGAGUUGCCAUUCCUGGAUGUGUUCUCAGUGUCAUACCUGUAUGCAAUCAAGUGACCGGUCUCUAUUCCGGAUUAUGUCCAAGCGAAAGUGAAUUCCUUCAGGAUAUAAAUCGGCAAGCGGGUUAUGAAGGUCAACAUAUUUUCUCCAUCUACUCUAAAAAAGACCAAGUUGUCGGCCAUAUUGUCUGUGGAAAGGUUAGUCUUUGUAAUAGU